UGACCGCAAGUAUGCAUGGCCCGUGACACCACAGUGCAAGUGGUGAUCUACUUAGGGACAAUAUAUGUUCACGGGCAAUCCCCAAACGAUCCCUGGUCGAUUCUCUAUAUAAAGCAGACGAAACAUCACUCCUCUCGUGGCCAAGAACUGAGCAUAGCCCUCAUAUUAGAGAAGACUCUCUCCUGUCAUUCGAGCGCGUCCGUCAGUCACUUAGACCACCACAAGAAGAUGGAGGCAACCAACAAGAAGGCGGUGAUUCUCUUGGGAUUGAUGGUCGCGAUCGCUUGCUGCGCCAAUGCUCAGACCAUAUGCAACAUGUCCUAUUCGGAGUUGAUGGCUUGCAAGCCGGCCGCGACGCCGCCAAACCCGCCACCCCCCACGAGCGCAUGCUGCACGGGGCUCUCGCACGCCAACUUGAAGUGCUUCUGCCAGUACAAGAACUCGCCGAUCCUGCCCUCGGUCGGGGUCAACCCGAAGCUCGCGAUGCAGCUCCCCAGCAAGUGCCAGAUCCCUAAUGCCCCCACAUGCUGAUGACAUUGCACUGUGCCGGUGUCGGUGGGGUUGGAGAGAAACUACUAGCCCUAUGCUUGAGAAUAAUGCAAAUCGUGUACUAUGCUUUUUCAUUGAGUGCUUAUUUCCUGUGUGCUUUGUUUAAUUAAUACACCCUUUUGUGAGCUGUUGCUCACUCAAUGAUACCAGCUUACAAUAAUCCAAAUGAUAUUAGUAGUCAA